UUCUUUCAGACGCGCCGGGGAGAGGAGGGCAGGGCCUGCGCCUCCUCACAGAGCCUUUGUUUGUGACGUCCGCCCCCGCCCGGGCUCGCGUCUCCGUUUCUCGGAGAGGCCGUAGGUGUCUCCGCCGCAGUCUGUGUCGCUCCGUGACCUGUACAGAUAGCGGGAGCCGCAGGGAGGACGCCGGGACACCUGGAAGGCGAGAAUGGACUCAGUGGCCUUUGAGGAUGUAGCUGUGAACUUCACCCUGGAAGAGUGGGCUUUGCUGGAUCCUUCCCAGAAGAAUCUCUACAGGGAUGUGAUGCGGGAAACCUUCAGGAACCUGGCUUCUAUAGGAAAACAAUGGGAAGACCAGAACACUGAAGACCCAUUCAAACUUCCCAGGAGAAAUACAAGUCAUAUUCCACAGAGAAUCGGUGAAGAAACCUUCAGCCAGAUUCCAGAUGGUAUUCUGAACAAGAAAACUCCUGGAGUAAAACUGUGUAAAAGCAGUUUGUGUGGAGAAGUUGGCACGGGUGCUUCAUCGCUUAAUAGGCACAUCAGAGAUCACACUGGACAUGAACCAAAUGAGUAUCAGGAAUAUGGAAAGAAGUCAUAUACACGAAACCAGUGUGGACGAGCCUUGAGUUAUCAUCGCGCUUUUCCAGUACGUGAAAGGACUCAUCCUGGAGGAAAACCCUAUGAUUGUAAGGAAUGUGGAGAAACCUUCAUUUCUCUUGUAAGCAUUCGAAGACACAUGUUAAUGCAUAGGGGAGGUGUGCCUUACAAAUGUAAGGUGUGUGGGAAAGCCUUUGAUUAUCCUAGUUUAUUUCGAAUACAUGAAAGAAGUCACACUGGAGAGAAACCCUAUGAAUGCAAGCAAUGUGGGAAAGCCUUCAGUUGUUCAAGUUACAUUCGAAUACAUGAAAGAACUCACACUGGAGAUAAACCCUAUGAAUGUAAGCAAUGUGGCAAAGCUUUUAGUUGUUCCAAGUACAUUCGAAUACAUGAAAGAACUCACACAGGAGAGAAACCAUAUGAAUGUAAACAGUGUGGUAAAGCCUUUAGGUGUGCCAGUUCUGUUCGAAGUCAUGAAAGGACUCACACUGGAGAGAAACUUUUUGAGUGUAAGGAAUGUGGGAAGGCUUUGACUUGUCUUGCAAGUGUUCGAAGACACAUGAUAAAGCACACUGGCAAUGGCCCUUAUAAAUGUAAGGUAUGUGGGAAAGCCUUUGAUUUCCCCAGUUCAUUUCGAAUACAUGAAAGGACCCACACUGGAGAGAAACCAUAUGAUUGUAAGCAAUGUGGGAAAGCCUUCAGUUGUUCCAGUUCUUUUCGAAAACAUGAAAGAAUUCACACUGGAGAGAAACCCUAUAAAUGUACAAAAUGUGGGAAGGCCUUCAGUCGUUCCAGUUACUUCCGAAUACAUGAAAGAACUCAUACCGGAGAGAAACCCUAUGAAUGUUGAUUGGUUUCUAUUCAAGGAAGCAAGAUGAUCUCUGUAUUUGAUGCAUUGAUGAGGUAAACUUAAUUCUAAACUUGGUAAUCAUAAUUGUUCUUAUUCAGAAGGGAAAAUGAAUGGUGGGAGGUAAACCUGACUAUGAGAAAUACCACUGAGUCAUGUUAGUGAGAAGAGAGGAAUUUUGGUCAUGUUUAUUAUUUGGAACCUGUUAUCUUUCACCCGUUUUAUUUAUUUAUUUAUUAUUAUUUUUUGAGACAGAGUCUUACUCUGUUGCCCAGGCUGGAGUGCAGUGGUGCAACCUCGGCUCACUGCAACCUCCAACUCCCAGGUUAAAGUGAUUCUCCUGCCUUAACCUUCCAAGUAGCUAGGAUUAGAGGCACCUGUCACCAAGCCCAGCUAAUUUUUGUGUUUUUAGUAGAGAUGGGGUUUCAGUAUAUUGGCCAGGCUGGUCUUGAACUCCUCACUCCUGACCUUGUGAUCUGCCCGCUUCAGCUUCCCAAAAUGCUGGGAUUACAGGCGUGAGCCACCACACCCUUCACACCAGUUUUAAAGACAUGGUUGCAGAAUGCCCUUUUUUUGUCUUAAUUCAUCAUAGCCACUUAGGAGUAUUGUCUCCCAUUGCAGGUGUCUGGCAUGUUUCUCUCUAACAGCAUGAGACUCAGCCUUGCAGUGAGGGGAGGCUGACUCCUGGACUUGUGGAUCUGUUUUUGCCUUACUUAUUCUCUGAACACUGAAGUAUUUCCUGUGAUGUACUGUACAUUGUUUUCCAUUAUGUACCUCAGUUACAAUAUGUAAAUUUACUUCUUAGCAAGCUAUAUAAUACUUUUAAAAAGCUCCUUUAUGAGUCUAAUGAGACUAAUAUAUUUAUGCAGAUUUUCUAAAUGCAAGCCUAGAAAGGAACAAAGUCCGCAUCAAUAUUCCAACCAAGCCUUUCUUGCUCAGAUAAUAUGCUUCUUUUUGUUUUUGUUUUUUGAGAUGAAGUUUCACUCUUGUCACCCAGGCUGGAGUGGAAUGGCGCAGUCUCGACUCUGCAACUGCCAUCUCCUGGGUUCAAGCAAUUCUUCUGCCUCAGCCUCGUGAAUAGCUGGGAUUACAGGUGCCCACCACCACACCCAGCUAAUUUUUUUCAUAUUUUUAGUAGAGAUGGGGUUUCACCAUGUUGGCCAGGUUGAUCUCAAACUUACAUGCGUGAGCCACUGUUCCUGGCCUGUAUGCUUUCUAUUCUAAUUUAUUAACAGCCCUCUUUUAUAGAGUAAAAAGCAACAUGCAAAAGUCAGCUUUUUGUCUGUACACUUCCAUAGAACCAUCCAGUCACUUCAUCGAAGUGCCCAGCAAGCUCCUGUUGAGAAAAUCUUUGUUGAAGCUUCUCAGUCCGAAGCCCAGGUAUCAAAGGAUAGAGUAGCAAUCAGUGACCAAACUGGGACUUUGUGUGGAGAUGACAUAUUUAGCCCCAGAUAAUGUAUUCACGUGAGUGAAGGGUGGAGUCAUUGUCUGUCAGAUUCUGUAGUCGUUUGGAUUAGAGAGGGUAAUAGAGUUAGCUGCUACUGAAUCCAACCACUGACUCAUCCUUCUCCCUUCAAGACAACAUCCGUAGUGAUAGUAUGGGCCACAGAAUAGAAACACCACUGCCAACAUGACUUCAAAUGUGAUUUUGCACAGGAUGCAGGUGCUCUGUUGGGAUGGUGAGUGAAGGUAAGGGACAUUGGAAGCACAGUGUGAGGGAGAUGAACAAGGGACAUUGGAAGCACAGAGUGAGGGAGAUGAACAGGACACAGCUGAGCCUGAUUAUUGGCCUUGACUGUGGAAGUAUCUUGAUGCUUCCACAAACACCGCAGAGAGGACACUGUAGCACAGGCUCAAAGAGUUCAUAAACCAAGAAGGCCACCACUUUUGGAAGGCAGUGAUGCUGCUUUCUGUUUAAGUCCUGAUGCUCUGUUGACAGCAAACAUCGUUCUUCAUCUGAUUAGAAAAGCAAUGUUGCAGUUUGUGAGUUUCAGCAAUGUAGAAUUAAGUUAUUUUGGGGCUAAGCACAGUGGCUCAGUCCUGUAAUCCCAGCACUUCGGGAGACUGAGGCAAGAGGACCAGCCUGACUGACAUGGAGAAACCCCGUCUCUACUAAAAAUAAAAAAAUUAGCUGGGUGUGGUGGAGCAUACCUGUAAUACCAGCUACCUCAGGAGGCUGAGGCAGGAGAAUCGCUUGAACCCGAGAGGUGGAGGUUUCAGUGAGCAGAGAUCACGCCACUGCUCUGGGCAACAAGCAAAAAGGUUAUUUUGGUAAUCUAGGACUCACUCUUCCUUCUGGCUGCAGACAGAGCUAUGGAUAGGGAAUGUCACACAUUUUUACGGUUAUGCUGUCUUUUGUGUUUAAUGGAUAAAUGGAGUUAUUUCCACAUUGCGUUUCUGUAUGCAAUGGAAGGCCAAGGGAGCAGAAUCCGUUGAGGCCAAGACUUCAAGACCAUCCUGGGCAAUAUAGACAGACUAUGUCUGUACAAAAUACUUUUUACAUUGUUUAUAUAAUUUAUGAGAGUCCAGUGUCAUGCUAUCAGUUAAUAUUAGAAAAUUAUUAGAUGUGACCAUGAUAUUCUGGUUAUAAGAAAUGCUUCAGCUGAGCACAGUGGCGCAUGCCUGUAGUCUCAGCUACUCAGGAGGCUGAGGUGGGAGGAUCGUUUGAGCCCAGGAGUUCUGGGCUGUAGUGUGCUAUGCCGAUUGAGUGUAUGCACUAAGUUCGGCAUCAGUAUGUUGACCUCCCAGGAGCGGGGGACCACCAGGUUGUUCAAGGAGGGGUGAACCAGCCCAGGUUGGAAAUGGAGCAGGUCAAAACUCCCAUGCUGAUCAAUAGUAGGAUUGCGCCUGUAAAUAGCCUCUGUACUCCAGCCAGGAUAACACAGUGAGAGCCCAUCUCUUAAAAAAAAAAGAGAAAUGCAGCCGGGCGUGGUGGCUCAAGCCUGUAAUCCCAGCACUUUGGGAGGCCAAGGCGGGUGGAUCACGAGGUCAGGAGUUCGAGACCAUCCUGGUCAACACGGUGAAACGCCAUCUCUACUAAAAAUACAAAAAAUUAGCUGGGCACAGUGGUGCGUGCCUGUAAUCCCAGCUGCUCAGAAGGCUGAGGCAGGAGAAUUGCCUGAACCCAGGAGGCGGAGGUUGCGGUGAGCUGAGAUCGUGCCAUUGCACUCCAGCCUGGGUAACAAGAGCGAAACUCCGCCUCAAAAAAAAAAAAAAUGCUUCAAUUUGUGUUGUUGUUAUUGUUGUUGUUGAGUCUUGCUGUCACCCAGGCUUGAGUGCAGUGGCGCCAUCUCAGCUUACUACAACCUCCACCUACUGGGUCAAGCAAUUCUCGUGCCUCAGCCUUCAGAUUAGCUGCAAUUACAGGUGUGUGCCACCUGGCUAAUUUUUGAAUUUUUAGGAAAGAUGAGAUUUCACCAUGUUGGCUAGGCUGGUCUCAAAUUCCUGACCUUAAGUGAUCCGCCUGCUUUGGCCUCCCAAAGUGCUGGGAUUACAGAUAUGAGCCAGUGCUCCCAGCCUGAGAAAUGCUUCCAUUCUUGAGAUGUGAAAAUUGUCUUUUUAGAUACCUAUUUUUAAAAAAAUAGAGAUGAAGUCUUGGGUUGACCGGGCUAGUCUUGAACUCCUGGCAUCAAGUGAUCCUCCCAUCUUGGCCUCCCACAGUGCUAGGAUUACAGGCAGGAGCCACUACACCUGACCUUUAGAUAUACAUGUUUUAUAUUUGCAGUUUUUAAUAAAGUAAGGUCAAAAAGGAAAAAAAUUUUUGGAUAAAUGACCUUAGGUUGAAAGCAUUUUACUUUCAAGAAAAAAUUUUGAAUUUAUUCCUGUUUCAAAAAAUUACAUCCAGUUCAUUUACUAUAGCAUGAAAUUUGAUCAAAAAGAACUUAAUAACUUCAAAUGUGAACUGAAGUUAUUUUAUUUUUUCUUUUCACUUACUGCCUGUCUCCUUGAGUUUCUAUAAGCCUUUUGGAUCUUUUACCCACCAUAUAGAUAAAAUCAUGGUCAAAAGUGAUACAAGGCUGGGUGGGGAUAGUGGCUCAUGCCUGUAAUCUCAGCACUUUUGGAAGCUAAGGUGGGUGGAUCACGAGGUCAGGAAAUCGAGACCAUCCUGGCCAUGGUGAAUCCCUUCUCUACUAAGAUACAAAAAAUUAGCCAAGUAUGGUGGUGCGUGCCUGUAGUCCCAGCUACUUGGGAGGCCGAGGCAGGGGAAUUGUUUAAACCUGGGAGGCAGAGGUUGCAGUGAGCUGAGAUUGCACCAUUGCACUACAGCCUGGCAACAGAGCAAGACUCCAUUUCAAAAAAAAAAAAAAAAAGUGAUACAGAAGGAGGCAGAGCAAGAUGGCCAAAUAGAGCCCUCCAGCGAUUCUUCCCCCAAAAAGAACACCAGAUUGAACAGAUACCCACACAAAAAAGGAACUUAAUAAGAACCAAAAAUCAGCUGCGCAAUCACAGUACCUGGUCUUCUAUUAAGUAAAGAGGCAUGGAAGAGGGUGGGAAAGCCAGUCCUGAAUUGCGUAUGCCACCCCUUUCCCAUUCUCUCGCAGAGGUCACAUGGCACAGAGAGAGAAUCUGUGAGCUUGGGAGAGGGAGAACAUGGUGACUGUGGGACUUUGCAUUGGAAAUCAGUGCUGCCCUGUCAUAGCAGAAAGCAAUAUGGGGCAGAACUCAGCCAGUGCCCAUGGAGGGAGCAUUUAGAUCGCCUUAGCCAGAGUCUAAUUCUCCAUCCCAAUUACCAGAACCUGAGUUCUGGCAAACCCUACCACCAUGGGCUAAGAUAUUCUGGUGUCCUAAAUAAACUUGAAAGGUAGUCAGGGUCAGUCCCAAGAAGUGCAAUUCCUGUGUAAGUCUUGGUGUUGGGUGGGCUUGGAGCCAGUGGACUUGGGGUGCAUAAGACCUAUUGAAACACUACUUGGGUUGGAGAAGGGAGUACUUGCGCCACUACUCUCUUGACCCCAGGCAGUACAGCUAGAAGCUCGGGGAGAGACUAAUUCCUUUUACUUGAGAGGAAAGAUAAGAGUAAAGACUUUAUCUUGCAACUUGGAUACAAGCUCAGCAACGGUAUAAUAGGGCACCAGGCAGAUUCCUGAGUCCUCUAUUCCAAUCCCUAGCUCCUGGACACUAGAUACACCCUGGGCCAGAAGGGAGUCUACUGCCUUGGAGAAAAGGACCCAGUCCUGGCAGAAUUUAUCACCUGCUGAACCCCUGGGCCCUGAGUGAUCUGCAGGGGUAGCCAUACAGUACUUGUAAUGGCCUUGGGGGAGACUUAGAACUGUACUGGCUUCAGGUGUGACCAAGCACAUUUCUACCUGUGGUGUCUAUGGGGAGAGACUCCUGCUGCUCAAGGAUAAGAGAGGGAAGAGUAGGCCACGCACAGUAGCUCAUGCAUGCAAUCCCAGCGCUUAGGGAGGCUGAGCCCAAGAGUUCAAGUCUAGCCUGGGCAACAUGGCAAAAUCCCAUCUAUACAAAAAAUUAGCCAGGCGUGAUGAUAUGCACCUGUAGUCCCAGCUACUUGGGAAGCUGAGGUAGAAAAAUCACUUGGUCCCAGGAGGUCAAGGAUGCAAUGAGUCAAGAUUGAGCCACUGCACUCCAACGUGAGAGAGCAAACCCCUGUCUCAGAAAAAAAAAAACAAAGGAAAAAAACACCAAGCAAAAAACAAAAUUUCUGUAUAGCAAGAGAAAUAGUCACAGUCAACAAAGUGAAGAGACAACCCUCAAAAUGGGAGAAAAUAUUUGCAAACAAUCCAUUUGACAAGGGAUAGAUAAUAUAUAGGAAGCUCAGAUACCUCAAUAGGAAAAACAUUAAUAAUUCAAUUUAAAAAUGGGCAAAAUAUCUGAAUAGACAUUUCUCAGAAAAAAGACAAAUGAAAAUCAGACAUAUGAAAAGGUGCUCAGCAUCAUCAGAGAAGUGAAAAGACAACAAUAUCAUCUCACCCCAAUUAAAAUGGCUUUUAUCCCAAAGAAAGGUAAUAACAUGAUGGUGAGGAUGUGAAACUGCCUUGUACACUGCCAGUGGAAAUGUUAAAUAGUAAGCCACCGUGGAGAACAGUUGGAGGCUCCUCAAAAAUCUAAAAUGAGAACUACCCAAUGGAUCCAGGAAUCACAGUGCUAGGUAUACACCAAAAAGAAAGGAAAUCAGUUUAUCAAAGAGAUAUCUGCACUCGCAUGUUUAUUGAGGCACUAUUCACAAUAGCAAAGAUUUUGAAGCAGCCUGAGUGAGUGUUCAUCAAAAGACGAAUCGAUAAAGAAAAUGUGGUACAUUUAUUCAGCCAUAAAAAAGAAUGAGAUCCUGUCUUGUGCAACAUCAUGGGUGGAACUGGAAGUCAUUAUGUUAAGUGAAAUAAGCCAGGUACAGAAAGGCAAACUUCACAUACUCUCACUUAUUUGUGGGAGCUAAAAGUUAAACUGAUUGAACUCAUGGAGAUAAAGAGUAGAAGAAUGGUUACCAGAGGCUAGGAAGGGUAGUGGAGGAGGCAGGAAAGUGGGGGUGGUUAAUGGGUAGAAAAUUAUACUUAGAAUGAAUAAGAUCUAGUAUUUGAUAGCACACAGGGUGACUACAGUCAACAAUAAUUUAUUGUACAUUUAAAAAUAAAAGUAUAGGGCCGGGCGCGGUGGCUCACGCCUGUAGUCCCAGCACUUUGGGAGGCCGAGGCGAGUGAAUCACGAGGUCAAGAGAUGGAGACCAUCCUGCUCAACAAGGAUGAAACCCUGUCUCUACUAAAAAUAUAAAAAAUUAGCUGGGCAUGAUGGUGUGCACCUGUAAUCCCAGCUACUUGGGAGGCUGAGGCAGGAGAAUUGCUUGAACCCAGGAGGUGGAGGUUGCAGUGAGCCAAGAUCACGCCAUUGCACUCCAGCCUGGGUAACAAGAGUGAAACUCCAUCUCAAAAUAAAUAAAUAAUAAAAUAAAAGUAUAAUUGGAUUGUUUGUAACACAAGGAAACAAUAAAUGCUUGAGGUGUUGGAUACCUGAUUUAUCCUGAUGUGAUUUGAUAUGGUUUGGCUGUGUCCCCACUCAAAUCUCAACUUGAAUUUUAUCUUUCAGAAUUCCCACAUGUUACGGGAGGGAACCAGGGAGAGGUAAUUGAAUCAUGUGGACUGGUCUUUUCCAUGCUAUUCUCAUGGUAGUAACUAAGUUUCACAAGAUCUGAUGGGUUUAUCACGGGUUUCCACUUUUGUUUCCUCCUCAUUUUCUCUUGCUGCCACCAUGUAAGAAGUGCCUUUCACCUCCUGCCAUGAUUCUGAGGCCUCCCUAGCCAUGUGGAACUAUAAAGCCAAUUAGACUUUUUUAUCAUCCUAGUCUCGGGUUUAUCUUUAUCAGCAGUGUGAAAAUGGACUAAUAGCCGGGCACGGUGGCUCAAGCCUGUAAUCCCAGCACUUUGGGAGGCCGAGGCAGCUGGAUCACGAGGUCAAGAGAUCGAGACCAUCCAGGUCAACAUGGUGAAACCCCAUCUCUACUAAAGAUACAAAAAAUUAGCUGGGCAUGGUGGUGCAUGCCUGUAAUCCCAGCUACUCAGGGGGCUGAGGCAGGAGAAUUGCCUGAACCCAGGAGGUGGAGGUUGCGGUGAGCCGAGAUCGCGCCAUUGCACUCCAGCCUGGGUAACAAGAACGAAACUCCAUCUCAAAAAAAAAAAAAGAAAAUGGACUAAUAGAGUAAGUUGGUACCAACAGAGUGGGGUGUUGCUGAAAGCUACCCAAAAUGUGGAAGGGACUUUGGAACUGAGUAACAAGCAGAGGUUGGAACAGUUUUGAAAGCUCAGAAGACAGAAAAUGUGGGCAAGUUUGGAACCUCCUAGAGAUUUGUUGAAUGGCUUUGACAAAAAUGCUGAUUGUGAUAUGAACAAUAAGAUCCAGGCUGAGGUGGUCUUAGAUGGCGAUGAGGAACUUGUUGGGAACUGGAGCAAAGGUGACUCUUGUUAUGUUUUCGCAAAGAGACUGGUGGCAUUUUGUCCCUGCCCUGGAGAUUUGUGGCACUUUGACAGAUGAUUUAGGGUACCUGAAGGAAGAAAUUUCUAAGCAGAAAAGCAUUCAAGAGGUGACUGGUUGACUUGGGUGGUGUUAAAAGCAUUCAUUUUAAAAGGGAAACAGCAUAAAACUUUGGAAAAUUUGCAGCCUGACACAGAGGAAAAGAAAACCCCAUUUUUUGAGGAGAAAUUCAAGAUGGCUGCAGAAGUUUUUAUAAGCGGUAAGGAGCCAAAUGUUAAUCCUCAAGACCAUGGGGAAAAUGUUGCAGGUCAUGUCAGAUAUCUUCACACAACCCCUCCCAUCACAGGCCCAGAGGCCCAGGAGGAAAAAGUGGUUUCAUGGGCCAGGCCUAGGGUUCUGUGCUGUGUGCAACAUAGGGACUUGGUGCCCUGUGUGCCGGCCACUCCAGCCGGGGCUGAAAGGCAAAUGUACAGCUUGGGCUGUGGCUUCAGAGGGUUGAAACCCUAAGCCUUGGCAGCUUCCAGUGGUGUUGAGCCUGCAGGUGCACAGAAGUCAAGAAUUGAGAUUUGGCAACCUCCACCUAGAUUUUAGAAGAUGUAUGGAAACACCUGGAUGUCCAGGCAAGUUUGCACAGGGGUGGGAUGCUCAUAAAGGACCUCUGCUAGGGCAGUGUGGAAGGGAAAUGUGGGGGUCAGAGCCCCCACACAGAGUCUCUACUGGUGCCCUAUGUAGUGAAGCUGUGAGAAGAAGGCCACCAUCCUCCAGACCCCAGAAUGGUAGAUCCACUGACAGCUAGCACCGUGCACCUGGAAAAGCUGCAGACUCAAUGCCAGCCUGUGAAAGUGGUGGGAGGGAGGCUGUACCCUGCAAAGCCACAGGGGCAGAGCUGCCCAAGACCAUGGGAACCCACCUCUUGCAUCAGUGUGACCUGGAUAUGAGACCUGGAGUCAAAGGAUAUCAUUUCGGAGCUUUAAAAUUUGCCCCCUGGAUUUCAGACUUGCAUGAGCCCUGUAACCCCUUUGUUUUGGCCAAUUUCUCCCCUUUGGAAUGGCUAUAUUUAUGCAACACCUGUACCCCCAUUGUAUCUAGGAAGUAACUAGCUUGCUUUCGAUUUUACAGGCUCAUAGGUGGAAGGGACUUGCCUUGUCUUAAGUGAGACUUUGGACUGUGGACUUUUGGGUCAAUGCUGAAAUAAGUUAAGACCUUGGGGAACUGUUGGGAAGACAUGUUUGGUUUCCAAAUGUGAGAACAUGAGAUUUGGAGAGGCCAUGAGUGAAAUGAUAUGGUUUGGCUGUGUCAGCACCCAAAUCUCAACUUCAAUUGUAUCUCCCAGAAUUUCCAUAUGUUGUGGGAGGAACCCAGGGGGAGGAAUUGAAUCAUGGGGGAUGGUCUUUCCCAUGCUAUUCUCACAGUAGUGACUAAGUCUCUUGAGAUCUGAUGGGUUUAUCAGGGGUUUCUGCUUUUGCUUUUUCCUCAUUUUCUCUUCCUGCCAUCAUGUAAGAAGUGCCUUUUGCCUCCUACCAUGAUUCUGAGGCUUCCCCAGCCACGUGGAACUGUAAGCCCAAGUAAACCUCUUUUUCUUCCCAGACUCAGGUAUGUCUUUAUCAACAGCAUGAAGAGACUAGAUAGAGGCGGAUCCAAGAUCGCUAACAUCUCAGGAUUGCAGCUCCCAGUGAAAGCGCAGAGAACAAGAGGACGCCACACUCAGACAAAUGUUUGUCACUUACGGACCAGAAGAUUCCCAGUGGAGGAGCCCCAUGGGUCACCAGCGCGACUUUUGUGGCCGGUGCAGCGGUUUUGCCGGCACCUCGGUGCAGCAGCUCUUGGUGCAGAGUAAACGGGACUGGUUCCCCUUUUGACCAACGUUUGGAGCUCUGGGAAGGCAGAGUCGCCUUUUACGCACUCAAGAAGGAAGCCAGACUGGAGAUUCCUGGGCAGAAAACUACCAUCAGUCUUAAUGCCGCUGUUUUAGCCGGUGCAGUGCGUUGCUCAAAUUUCGGCCCUGGGAAUUAACAACUUGGACGUCCAUUCAGAGACCUAAUUUGAAAGUUGGUAAUUACAAAGAUGACAGGUGGAUAAAUUUACAAUGAUGGGAAGAAACCAGCGUAAAAAGGCUGAGAAUACUCAAAAUCAGAAUGCCUCUCCCUCUGCAGAGGAUCACAGUUCCUCAUCAACAAGGGAACAAGACUUGAUGGAGAACAAGUGCAUUCCAUUAACAGAAUCAGGCUUCAGAAGGUGGAUAAGAACCUUCUGUGAGUUAAAAGAACAUGUUGUAGCCCAAUGUAAAGAAACUAAGAACUUUGAAAAAAGGUUUGAUGAAAUCCUAAUGAGAAUAGACAAUUUAGAGAGGAAUAUAAGUGAAUUAAUGGAACUGAAGAAUACAAUAUGGGAACUCUGAGAAGUAUGUUUGAACUCUGAGAAGUUUAAACACUCGAAUUGAUCAAGCAGAAGAAAGGAUAUCAGAGGUUGAAGACCAACUUAAUGAAAUAAGAAGAUAAGAAUAGAGAAAAAAGGAUAAAAAGGAAUGAGCAAAGUUUCCAAGAAAUAUGGGACUAUGUGAAAAGACCUAAUUUACGUUUAAUAGGUGUACCUGAAUGCGACGGAGAGAAUGAAUCCAAGCUGGAAAAUACUCUUCAGGAUAUUAUUCAGGAAAACUUUCCCAACCUAGCAAAGCAGGACAAUAUUCAACCCCAGGUAAUACAGAGAACACCACAAAGAUAUUCCUUAAGAAGAGCAACCCCACGGCACUUAAUCAUUAGAUUCUCCAGGGUUGAAAUGAAGGAGAACAUACUAAGGGCAGCCAGAGAGAAAGGUCAGGUUACCCACAAAGGGAAGCCUAUCAGACUUACAGCAGAUCUCUCAGCAGAAACCCUACAAGCCAGAAGAGAGUGGGGGCCAAUAUUCAACAUCCUUAAAGAACAGAACUUUCAGCCCAGAAUUUCAUAUCCAGCCUAACUAAGCUUCACAACUGAAGGAAAAAUAAAAUCUUUUAUGAACAAGCAAGUACUCAGAGAUUUUAUUACCACCAGGCCUGCUUUACAAGAGCUUCUGAAAGAAGCAUUACACAUAGAAACAACCAGUAUUAGCCUUUCUAAAAAUAUACCAAAAAGUAAAGAGCAUCAACAUAAAGAAGAAUUUACAUCAACGAAUGGACAAAACAGCCAGUUAACAUCAAAUGGCAGUAACCCUAAAUUUAAAUCGACUAAAUCCCCCAAUCAAAAGAUACAGCCAAAACCCAACAGUAUGCUACAUCCAGACCCAUUUCACAUGCAAGGAUACACAAAGACUCAAAGGGAUGGAGAAAGAUUUACCAACCAAAUGGAGAGCAAAAAUAAAUAAAUAAAUAAAAAGCAGGAGUUGCAAUUCUCACAUCUGAUAAAAUAGAUUUUAAAGCAACAAAGAGAUAGUGGUAAAAGGAUCAAUGCAACAAUAAGAGCUAACGAUCCUAACACCCAGAUACAUAAGACCUAUAAAGAGAUUUAGACUCAACGAGACAGAAAAUUAAUAAGGAUAUCCAGGACUUGAACUCAGAUCCGGAACAAGUAAACUUAAUAAAUAUUUAUAGAGCUCUCCACUUUAAAUAUACAAAAUAUACAUUCUUGUCAAUACCACAUCACACGUACUCAGGUUUAAGUGAAAUAUUGAUUGGCCAUUAUUAAUACCCAUUUUUAGAAUAAAGCAACAUUUCCAUUCUCUCUCCCUCUUUUUCUUCCUCUUUCUUCCUCUCCUUCACUCCUUUUUAUUCUUUCUCUAAAAAAGAAAGAAAACAGACUAAUACAUGAUUAUUACACAUUGAAUGCCUGUAUUAAAAUAUCUCUUGUAACCAAUAAAUAUAUACAUUUACUAUG